AUGGUCACCCUGGACAAGGAAGACCACUACGAGCACCUCGGCGUCCCGACCGGAUACUACUACGGGAAAUCGGCGGAGACGACCAUCGACAAGAUGCACAAGGACCUCGACAAGAUCAACGACUCCUUGCUGGCACCAUGGCAGAAGGCUGAUGCGGUGCGGACGUUCAUCCUGCCCUGCAUUGGCUUCCACCUCAAGAACGGCGAAGUGGAGAAGAAGAAGGUGCUCAUCCCGUUCGACAAGAAGCUGAAGAAAUACGCCAAGUCGUGGCUGAACCUCCCCUCGCGUGCAAGCCCUGAACUUCUGUACUUGCCCAACUCGAUGGGCGGGCUCGGCCUGAUCGAGACCAAGACGCUGGCCGACAUCAUGCAACUCGUCCAUGCCGUACAGCUCCUCGACUCACCCGACCUCGGCGCAAUGUCUGCAGAACUCGUCACCAAGGCCGCCAAGCUCAAGCUGAGAAGACCACCGUCCGAGCAAGAAACCGCCCAAUACCUCAACCAAAAGAAGGACGGUGACUUCUACACCAACUCCACGGACGCCAAGAACGUAUGGUCAAGACUUCGGCUUGCCACGGGACGACUUCGCGACUCCGACAAGCUCGACAUCGAAUGGAGAUGGAAUGAAGACGAAGGACGGGUUCGACUACACGUCCAAGGCGAGGUCGUCAACAAGAAAAGCUGUGAGCGCGCCCUCAAGAAAGCCGCCCAAGAAGCUCAACUCGCCAGCCUCUCUGCAAAGAAGAGCCAAGGCAAAACGUACCAAGUAACGAGCCGCCAACCAGCGUCCAACAACUUCAUGCGAGACGGACGGUUCCUACGCUUCGCCGACUGGCGGUUCGUUCACCGAGCUCGCCUCGACCUCCUCGCGCUCAACGGCUGCAAUCGCUCCAGAGGACACGUCGACAAGCGCUGCCGGAAGUGUGGCUACGCCCUGGAAAGCGUAGCCCACACCCUCAACCACUGCCACGCCCAUUCGCACGCCAUCCAACUUCGCCACAACGCCGUGCUGGAUCGUCUGAUGAACGCCUACAAGCCGCUCGACGACGACAAGAUCUACGUCAACCAGAAGAUCCCCGGCACAGACGGACAACUACGGCCCGACUACACGAUCAUCAACGACCGCCUCAAGACCGUCACCAUCAUCGAUGUGACGAUGCCGUUCGAGAAUGGAGACGUGUCGAUCUUCGAAGAUGCACGCCGCGAGAAGGAGCGCAAGUACCUGCCCAUCCUCGACAAGUACUCCACCGACGGCUACGACACGUUCCUGGGCGCAUGGAUGGUCGGGCCACUCGGAGGAUGGGACGCCGCCAAUAACGACAUCCAAAGAAGGCUGAAGAUCUCCGUCAAGUAUGGACAACUGAUGCGCCUGUUGAUGGUCGCCGACUCGAUUCGCUGGAGCAGGGACAUCUACGUGGAACAUGUGACGGGCCAACGCCAAUACAAGCUCGACAACAACCCCCAA